AUGUCCAUCGCCGAUUCCUCCUCUGUCCGCGCCCAGUCCGUCGCGUCCUCGUCGGACCUGACGCGCAACUCUUCGGUGCCCUCACUCUCCGACGGAUCGUCUUCGUCGAGCGUCUCUUCGCUCGGCAGCCCCGUCCUCCGGCCACUCGAGCACCUGGCCGUCCUUCUCCCGCGCGAGCUAUGGAAGCCGGACCGGCAAGCCGCCCGCUGUGACGCGUUUGCCUGCCGCACCCGUUUCACGCUCUUCGAACGCCGCCACCACUGCCGCAAGUGCGGCGGCUGCUUCUGCGCCAACUGCUCCUCGCGCUCCACCCUCCUCCUCGACACUUCCUCUUUGGAUUUCGUCCACCCACCACGUGGCAUGCCCCUCGAGGCCUUCGCCAGCGAGCAGUCGCCGCUUCUGCCACAUCGCGUGUGCGACGGCUGCUAUAACCAGCUGCAUGGCCUCCCGCGCACGAGCCUUCCGGUACCGGCUAUCGCCACAGCAGACGAGCCAUCUCCACUCGCCACUGUCAAGCCUGCCACGCGCCGCCCACGUCGCAGGAGUACAAUGUCCUCGACCGGCCCGCGCACUCCGCCGCCCGUCGAGCUCCCGCCAGACCUCGCCGAGCUCGCGACCUACCCUCUGCGCCACCCAUCCGCAAUCUGCAAGGCGACCGGCGGCGGUCGCUGGGUACCGGCACCACCGCCCGAAGACCCGGCAUUGAAGCGUAUGCCCGGUCGUCCCGCAGCAUACGAGGCGGCGCUCGAGGCCGAGGCCGAAGCCCGCCGCCGUGCUCUUCAGAACCCCAUGGUCGUCGACGGUGCAUUCCGCAUGCGCCGCCCCGUAGACCGUGCGGCCGUUCUCGCCCAACUGGCGUCCAGCGCAUAA